AGAGCCCUCGGUUGCCAAGUCGCUGAGGACCGCAGUCAUGAAGCUGGUUUUCCCAGAGCUGCUGCUCCUCGGGGCCCUUGGACUGUGUCUGGCUGCCCCUAGGAAAAGCGUCCGAUGGUGCACCACAUCAAAUCCUGAGGCAACAAAAUGCUACCAAUGGCAAAGGAAUCUGAGAAGAGUGGGUGGCCCUCCUGUCACCUGCACAAGGAAAGCCUCCGUCCGUCAGUGCAUCCAGGCCAUUGCGGCAGACAGGGCAGAUGCUGUGACCCUUGAUGGCAGUUUGGUGUUUGAGGCAGGCCUGGCCCCCUACAACUUGCGACCUGUAGUGGCAGAAGUCUACGGAACUGAAGCACAGCCACGAACCCACUAUUAUGCCGUGGCUGUGGUGAAGAAGGGCAGCCGCUUUCAACUGAACCAACUACAAGGUCUGAAGUCUUGCCACACGGGCCUUGGCAGGACCGCAGGGUGGAACAUUCCUAUAGGGACACUUCGUCCUUCUUUGGACUGGAAGGGGCCGCCUGAGUCCCUUGAGGGAGCUGUGGCCAAGUUCUUCUCAGCCAGCUGUGUUCCCGGUGCAGAUGGAAGACAGUUCCCCAACCUGUGUAGCCUGUGUACGGGGACAGGGGAAAAUAAGUGCGCCUUUUCCUCCCGGGAACCUUACUUUGGCUACUCUGGUGCCUUCAAGUGUCUGAGAGACGGGGCUGGAGAUGUGGCUUUCAUCAGGGAAAGUACAGUGUUUGAGGACCUGCCGGACAAGGCUGAAAGGGACCAGUUGGAGUUGCUCUGCACAGAUAACACCCGCAGGCCAGUGGAAGAGUAUGAACAGUGCAACUUGGCCCGGGUACCUUCUCAUGCCAUUGUGGCACGAAGUAUGAAUGGCAAGGAGGACUCCAUCUGGGAGCUUCUCCGCCAGUCACAGGAAAACUUUGGGAAGAACAAGUCGUCAUCAUUCCAGCUCUUCCGCUCCUCUCGUAGGCAGAAGAAUCUGCUAUUUAAAGACGCUGCCUUAGGGUUUACAAGGAUCCCCUCGAGGAUAGAUGCUGAGAUGUAUCUUGGCUUCAGCUACCUCACUGUCAUCCAGAAUCUGAGGGAAAGCGAGGCGGCUGUGGCAGCCCGGCGCGCACGGGUUGUGUGGUGUGCGGUGGGCGAACAGGAGCAGCGCAAGUGCAGCCAGUGGAGCGGCCUGAGCAACGGCAGCGUGACCUGCGCCUCAGCCCCCACCACGGAGGACUGCAUCGCCCUAGUGCUGAAAGGAAAAGCUGAUGCCAUGAGUUUGGACGGAGGAUUUAUCUAUACUGCGGGCAAGUGUGGUUUGGUGCCUGUCCUGGCAGAGAACUACAAAUCCCCCCAAAGCAAUGCCUUUGAUCCUAAUUGUGUAGAUAGACCUGUGGAAGGAUAUCUUGCCGUGGCAGCGGUUAGGAAAGCAAAUGCUGACGUCACCUGGAACUCUCUGAGAGGCAAGAAGUCUUGCCACACCGCCGUGGACAGGACCGCGGGCUGGAACAUCCCCAUAGGCUUGCUCUUCAGCCAGACUGGCUCCUGCAGAUUUGGUGAAUAUUUCAGUCAAAGCUGUGCCCCUGGGUCUGACCCAAGAUCCAAUCUCUGUGCUUUAUGUAUUGGUGAUGAGAGGGGUGAGAAUAAGUGCGUGCCCAAUAGCAAUGAGAGGUACUACGGCUACACUGGGGCUUUCAGGUGCCUAGCAGAGAAUGCUGGAGAUGUUGCAUUUUUGAAAGAUGUCACUAUCUUGCAGAACACUGAUGGAAAGAACACUGAAGCAUGGGCUAAGGAUUUGAAGCUGGAGGACUUUGAGCUGCUGUGCCUUGAUGGCACCCGGAAGCCUGUGCAGGAGGCUAGGAGUUGCCACCUGGCCAUGUCCCCGAGUCAUGCUGUAGUAUCUCGGAAAGAUAAGGUGGAGCGUCUUGAACAGGUCCUGCUCCACCAACAGGCUCAGUUUGGAAGAAAUGGACGUGACUGCCCGGGCAAGUUCUGCUUGUUCCAGUCUGAAACCAAAAACCUUCUGUUCAAUGAUAACACCGAGUGUCUGGCCAGACUUCAAGGCAAAACAACAUAUGAAAAAUAUUUAGGAUCACAGUAUGUCACAGCCAUUGCUAAUCUGAGGCGAUGCUCAACCACCCCACUCCUGGAAGCCUGUGCUUUCCUCAGGAAGUAAAACCCAAGAAGACGGCCCAGCCCUCCGAGAGAACCUCAGUCAUUUGCUGCCCUCAGCCCUUCUUCUCAUGUGCUGGGGCUUUGUCCACCCUUGCUGAGGGUGGCUCUUGCCAAUUAAUCUGUUUUCACAAUUCCCUGCUUUCAUCUUAGCAAGAAAUAAAAUCAGAGAUGUUGUUGAUUUUUUCUCUUUA